ACGAAAUGUAUCCUUCAAUUUCCAGUGAGUUCCAAAAGGAGCCAUCACAUGCAACAUCAUCGGCACCACCGCAGCCACAUUUUUUCAAUUUUGAAGACGCCGUGGCUACUGGAAUCCCAGUCCCUUUAGCGAAUCAAAAUAAUCCUGAUCCAAGUCCUCCUCUCCCGCUCAACAAUGCCAGCCAUUCUCUUUCUUCAGGGCCUUGGUCCACUAGUCUCUGUGGUUGUUUUAGCGAUCUUAAUAGCUGUUGCUUAACAUGCUGGUGUCCAUGUGUUGCAUUUGGACGAAUUGCAGAAAUUGUUGACAGAGGAUCAACUUCAUGUGGAAUGAGUGGAACCCUUUAUACAUUAAUACUAUGUUUGACUGGGUGCUCUUGUUUGUACUCGUGCUUUUAUCGAUCUAAGUUGAGAGGGCAGUUUUUCUUGGAGGAAAGCCCAUGCACAGAUUGUUGUGUCCAUUGUUUUUGCGAGGAAUGUGCUUUGUGUCAAGAGUAUAGAGAGCUCAAGAACCGCGGCUUCGACUUGUCUAUUGGUGACCCCCUCCCUCCUCUUUUUUGGAGAAAUAGUGUUGUUCUGUUUUUCUCUUGUAUUUUUAUCUGCCUAACUUCUUCUGUUUCUGAUGGAAAAGGGUGGCAUGGGAACAUGGAAAGGCAGAAAAGAUUAGCUGCCACUGCUCCUCCAACUGAAGAAAGGAUGAUGAGAUAGAUGACUUGAAGGAAGGGAAACCAAUGCUCCAAUUUUAUUUAUUUUUUGCUCCCUAAAUGGACAAACUUUCUUACGAUUUUAUUCUGCACAUUGAGCACUUGCCUUUGUUACGUGGAAGAUCCGUAAAUAUGUAUAAGAAAGUGCAGCACCACCCUGUUUAGUGUCCAUAAAGAAAAAGGCUAUGCGAAGAGGAUUACGAUAUUUGGGCUGUGUUGCCAAACAAAAAAGGUUCAUGUACUGCAGGCUCCCGCUUAUAAAAAUAUUCCGAUUGAGAAA